ACAAAGUUUUCAUCCUUCUAAUGAGUGUUGUUAAUAUUUGAUGUUUUCCUCUGUCUGUAAUAAAUAACUCACACCUUCUACCAUUUCUGUGCACUCUAUCUCUCUUUCUCAAAUUCUUUUGUUCAAAAGCUACGCUUUGGAAUCAGCAUUUGGCUGUUUGGUAAAACUAUCCUUUCUGUGCAUUGCUUGGUUUUUGUUUGGUGUUCAAUUUUGAUGAAAUUUUAGAUGCAAAAUUUUCCUUUUGUUCCUCUCAUAUUGGAUCUGGUGUUGGUUGUGGAAAACCCAUUUGAGUAUUUGGGCUAUGGUUACUGGGUUGUGUGUUUUUUGUACAGUGGUGAAGUGGGUGAGCAUAAAGUUAGUUUUUUUUGUACUUUUAUUUAUUAUAUUCUUUUCUUGGGUUGCUUUGGAGGGAGUUUCUUCUUGUUUGAGUGUUCUUUGAUGUUUGUCUAUUGAUGAUUUGUUCACUUGGCUUCUUUAGUGAUAGGAUUGUCUUGUGUGGUAGAGCAUAGUGUUUGUUAGAUGCAAUAUACUGGAAAAGUGAUAUGAUGGCUUUUUGUUUUUACUCUUAUUUGUCCUUAAUAGAUAAGAGAAAAGUUAAAAUUAAAAUGGGAUAUGAAAUUGUGUUUUAGUUUAUGAAUUGGAUUGCUUAGUCCAGUAAUCCAGUCAUAGGGUUUUGGCUUUGAUCGGCCUUAGUUAAUCUGCAGUGACACAAAAUGGUAUCAAAUUCUCCAAGGCCCAAAUUAGGUGUUCCACAAUAUCUGCAAGCUAGUUUAGGCUGGUUAGUGGUUAGUCAAUGCAAGGUCAUGAUCUGCAAAAGGACACUUCUAGUAUUUUAUUAGAAAUGAAUAAUGUCCAAAAGUAGCAAAUGUUGAAAGGCUUGGCUUGAUGUCUUGAUCCAAUCAAAUACAUUUGCAAUCUGUUAACAUUUAAUGUGAAUGCUUUUAGAAGAUAGCAAACUGUGUAAACUUUCCCUUUCCAUUUUUAAUACAUUUAUGAUAGGGUGUAUAAGAAUGCAUACUCUCUAAAGUCUGUUUAAAAGUGGUUAAUCUAUUAUGUUACUAACUGACGGCUGGCAUAAGUUCGUUUCAAUCGCCGAAUGUACUAGAAUCAUAGUAGAGUAAGAUUAGUCUUGGAAAUCAAACUUUCUGAGAAAAUACUUCAACUUGAUUAUUCUCUUCCUCUUUCUUGCAUUUUCUCUCUAAUUCUUGGUAACUAUUUGUAUUUUUCUUAGUUUCUUUAUCUGUGCUCUUUGAACCAUUAUUUUUACAGGUCUUUGCCAAUGGAUGCUAAGUCUGCUGUAGAUUUAAUGGAAUCUUCUUCUGAGGUUCAUUUUUCUGGAUUUCACAUGGAUGGUUUUGAGCAAAGAAAGGCUAGCAUAGAACAACCAACAACCUCAGAAACUGACAUGUACAAACAACCUUUUGUCAUAGGUGUUGCUGGGGGUGCAGCAUCUGGCAAGACAACAGUCUGUGAUAUGAUUAUUCAGCAACUUCAUGAUCAGCGAGUUGUACUUGUUAAUCAGGAUUCAUUUUACAAUAACUUGACUGUGGAGGAGCUUACAAGAGUACAAGAUUACAAUUUUGACCAUCCUGAUGCUUUUGAUACUGAGCAAUUGCUACUUGUUAUGGACAAGUUGAAGUGUGGUGAAGCCGUAGAUAUUCCCAAGUAUGAUUUUAAGAGUUACAAGAGUGAUGUAUUAAGAAGGGUGAAUCCUUCAUAUGUUAUAAUUUUGGAAGGCAUUCUUGUUUUCCAUGAUCCUCGUGUUCGGGAGUUGAUGAAUAUGAAGAUAUUUGUUGACACAGAUGCUGAUGUUCGAUUGGCAAGAAGGAUUAGGCGUGAUACUGCAGAGAAGGGUCGAGAUAUUGGAGCUGUACUUGAUCAAUAUUCAAAAUUUGUGAAGCCAGCUUUUGAUGACUUUAUUCUUCCAACAAAGAAGUAUGCUGAUAUAAUUAUUCCCCGUGGGGGAGAUAAUCAUGUGGCCAUUGAUUUGAUUGUACAGCACAUCCGCACAAAGCUUGGUCAGCAUGACCUUUGUAAAAUAUAUCCGAAUUUAUAUGUCAUUCAGUCAACUUUUCAGAUACGAGGUAUGCAUACUUUGAUACGUGAUGCCCAGACAACAAAGCAUGAUUUUGUAUUUUAUUCUGAUCGUUUGAUUCGAUUGGUUGUAGAACAUGGUUUGGGGCAUCUACCAUUUACAGAAAAGCAAGUAAUCACUCCCACUGGUUCUGUCUACACUGGUGUGGAUUUUUGUAAGAGGUUGUGUGGUGUCUCUGUCAUCAGGAGUGGAGAGAGUAUGGAGAAUGCUUUACGAGCAUGCUGUAAAGGUAUCAAGAUCGGGAAAAUUCUGAUUCACAGAGAAGGUGACAAUGGUCAGCAGCUGAUAUAUGAAAAGUUGCCAAAUGAUAUAUCGGAUAGGCAUGUGUUACUGUUGGACCCUAUCCUCGGCACAGGUAAUUCUGCUGUUCAAGCAAUUUCUUUACUCAUAAGAAAGGGUGUGCCGGAGUCCAACAUUAUAUUUCUUAAUCUCAUAUCUGCACCUAAAGGUGUGCAUGUGGUCUGCAAAAGUUUUCCAAGAAUAAAAAUAGUGACAUCUGAGAUUGAAAUUGGUUUAAAUGAAGAUUUCCGAGUCAUACCAGGCAUGGGUGAGUUUGGAGAUCGGUAUUUUGGAACCGAUGAUGAUGAUGUGCAAGUGGUGGCUACUUCACAGUAAUUAUACAACAACGACACUCAAGCCUCAUAGUCACUUCACAGUAAUUAUAUUUAGACGAAAUCUAUAAUAUUUUUGGAUUGAUCAUCAUUACUACUGAGACUUCGUCUGGAAAAUAGGUUGAGAUUAUCUCAAUCAAUAUUGUGCUUGGAUCUGAAUUUUAGUUCUAAAUCAAUUUUGACUCUAUUGGACCUUGGAUCACCAUUUAUUUCAUUAUCCUUGUGUUUUGUUUUAGCAAAUGAUGUAUUGUUUAAUGUUCCAAUAAAAAUUUCAUGUUUCCUUCU